AUCACAUCAAGGACCCGUCCAUUGCCUUGUCUUCGCAGGGCGUGGUACCCUCUAUUCGCUCCUUUUCUGUUGCUUUCGCUUCAAAAUGGUAGAUAUCGUUCAGGAGGAAAUGCGGCGGACUACAUCAAAUAUCUCACCACAACAAUGAAGCCCGGACGACAUUUGACAAUAGUCAUUAAAAUCGGAACUUCGUCGAUCGUCGAUGAGACUACACACGAGCCUAUCCUUUCUAUUCUGUCAUUGAUUGUCGAGACAGCCAUAAAAUUACGCCGAGAUGGCCAUCGUGUGGUUAUCGUAUCCUCGGGCGCUAUUGGAGUUGGGCUGCAGAGGAUGAACAUGCCUAGACGUCCUAAGCACCUUGCUCAAGUUCAGGCUUUAGCAGCCAUCGGCCAGUCCAGAUUAAUGUCAAUAUGGGAUUCACUAUUCGCCCACAUGAACCAGCCAGUCGCUCAGAUCCUCUUGACAAGGAAUGACAUUGCCGACCGGUCACAGUUCCUCAAUGCGCAGAACACACUAGCAGAGACGUUACAUCUCGGUGUGAUUCCGAUAGUCAAUGAGAACGACACCCUCGCCGUGGCCGAAAUCAAAUUCGGCGACAACGACACCUUAUCCGCGAUCACGGCGGCCAUGGUCCAUGCAGACUAUCUCUUCCUCAUGACCGACGUCGAUUGUCUGUAUGACAAGAACCCGCGAAAGUUCCCAGAAGCGCAGCCUAUCCUGGUCGUCGACGACAUCGACGCUCUUCAAGCCGACGUUUCCUCGGCCGGCUCCGCCCUGGGCACAGGCGGCAUGGCCACCAAGAUCGUCGCCGCACGUCUCGCAACCGCGGCAGGAACGUCGACUAUCAUCACGAAAUCGUCAAAACCAGGCAACAUCGCCUCCAUAAUUCGCCAUCUCCAUCCGCCAACAGAUGAAACAGGUGAUGGUGUUCUCACUAUCCCCGUCCCACCUCUGCACACGCGCUUCGUCCCAUCAAGCACUCCAAUCCGCAAUCGCGCAUUCUGGAUCUUGCACGGCCUCGCCCCUCACGGGACUAUUUAUAUCGACCGCGGCGCGAGCAAUGCACUGGCCAACAAGGCUGGCCUGCUUCCCGUUGGCAUUGUCGCGGUCGAGGGCAACUUUGCACAGCAAGAAGCGGUCAGGCUGGUUGUAGUAGACAAGCAUCCACUCGGCAGCCUCUCACCUAGUGGUGAGUCCAGCACGACGUCAAUGCACCUUGUACUGCGUGGCGAGGAGAUUGGUCGAGCCGUGGUCAAUUACUCGGCCGGCGAGGUGGCGCGGAUCAAAGGCUUACGGAGUAGUGAGAUUCUGGGUAUCCUGGGGUACGCGGAUAGCGAGUACGUUGCGUUCAGGGAGAAUGUGAGUCUCAACGUGACGGACAAGAGCCGGCCAGAGACGCCCAGUGGAUUUCACACGCCGAAUAAAGAGCCGACACCGGAUAGUAGUAUCGCGGAUCUGAGGAUAGGGCAAUGAUGAAUGACCAACAACUGUACUUAUGUUAACGUGUAUUGAGCUGUUUUCAGGAUUCUUCAAUAGCAGCUCAAACGGCGAUUGGGGCUUGACGAAAGCUGACAAUGGUAGUUUCAUCGCAUGUGGUAGCGGAGGGCUUCGUGCAAACAAAUGAUGGUAAUGAUUGACUGAAUACAAAAAACCCUGAACAGUCCAGCCUGCCCUGUAACGUCCCCUUAUUGAUAGUUUACAAUUCGCCAACCAGAAACAAGGAUGCGAAUAUGCUACUUAGGGGCCGAAAGAUACCCUGGACAGUUU